AUGCCCUGCUGGAAGAAAAAGUUGAGCCUCUCAUCAUCCUCGUCCUCGUCUUCGUCUUCGUCUUCGUCUUCGUCUUCGUCGUCCUCAUCUUCCCCCACUUAUUCCGAUGCCGAGCUGGAAAACGACGAAGAAAAUAAAAACGGCCGACAAAAAGUAAUCGAGGAAAGUGACGGAAACAGGCCAUUGGCGGAGGAAGAGAAAAAUGCACGACGUAAUCUCCUCGUACCCUGGAAAACUACUCGAAUCAUCAAUAACGAUCAGGAUCGAGAAGUGAAUCGUGAGGAAGAAGAAACUUUACGAUCGAAGGAUUACGUUGCUGGUGAUGCUGAGAAAAAGAGUUUAGGCAUACAAAUUUUGAAUGAACGUAAAAGUCUCGAGGAUCCUUUAGGUGGUUACGCUUUAAAUAGAGAAGUCACGGAUUACGCAAAAAUUAUUCUGAAAACAACGGUGGAUAAAGCGACCGAGCAACGGGCUUGUACAUUCGACAAAAAGGAACCUACACUCGAUAAUGAAAAUGAAAAUAUUCAAGACGCGUUACCUGCUGCUUCUAAAGCAUCCUAUGAUACUUCGAAAUAUUCCAAUAUAGAAAGUUAUCAAAGGAAAAAUAAUAAGAAUCCAUUAACAGCCAAACUGAGUAGCAUUCGUCAAGGUAUGAAAGAUUUUUGCACUAACGUCGAUAAAUUCGUCGAGGAGAACAAUAUCGUAUUCAAGAACGGAAACAUCGAAAGUUUCUGGAAAAGCGAUAGUAUUAAUAAAAACAACGAUAAUCCUUCCGAAAGUAUACAUCACGAUGAUAAAGAGAAUGAUUCCAAUCAAGAAAUAAUCGAACGAUUGAGUACCAAAGAAAAUAAUACGGAAGUGUUAGAGAUAUUAUCAGAAGAAUUAAUUAACGAAGAAGACGAUCGAAAUAUUGUUAAAUUAACUAUCGACGAUGAUCGAUCCGAGAGCGUAUAUGACUUAUUGACUCUAAAAGCUUGUCCUAAAAUCCUCUUAAACGAUACAGUAAGAUCUUCCAACGAAACGUUGAUCGAGGAUGAUAACGAAAUUUAUUCCAAGAAAUCGAUCUCUUCGGAAAAUGAUAAAACUCUUUCGAUCGAAGAAAAAAAAUCCAACGUUUCCAUAACCGAUAAAUGUAAGGAACACUUGUUAAAACAAGUUAAGACGUUUACUCAAAAGGAAUCACCGUUGCUCAAGAAAUCUUUCGAGAAUUCUUAUAAAACAAGAUCUCCGACUGAUCAAAAUAUUGGCUCGAACGUUGACACGAGUAUACGAUCGCAUUAUAGAGACGUUUCCGGUGAUAUUCCAAAAUCCGAUCUCUGUGCUAUCGCCGAUCUCGUGAAAAAAUCCAACGAAGAAAGAAAGACGUACGACCACGCUGAUCUCUACAAAGAAUUUUGCGAAUGCUUCGAGGAAUUGCAAAGUAAACAAAAGUACGCCAUUAUGCCGGAUUUUCUAAAGAACAAAAAGGAUGAUAAUAAACUCGUUCGAUCUGACGAUCGAAUUGGUGAAAACUCGAAUGAUAAAAGGGCACUGAUCGAAGAUAUUACGGAAACGUCGACGAAUUUAUCCAAGCUCGAGGAUGAAAAGAAUUUAGAAAAAAUGUGA